AUGCUCACGCGACUGCCGCCAGGCAAGAACAGGAGAAAGAAGUGCGACGAAGAACGUCCCGCUUGCCAUCGUUGCCGGUAUUCGGGAUAUGAUUGCCAAUGGCCAACGUCCGACGACCUGAUCGAUCGGCGCUACUCAUCGCACCCAGCGCGUCGAAAGUCGACCUCGCCGGCACCUUUGAAUGGUAGUGCCGAUUCACACGACACACAGCGACUUUCCGUUCCCAGGAAGGACCAACACAGCUCCGGGUACAGCGACGGCGACAGCUUCACGACCAACGCAACGGUCUCACGGCAUUCGGAAGCAGCGGCCCAUCAGCUCUUGUGCCACGACAUCGAAUCCGUGCUCGCUCGCCACUUCGUGGACAGGUACUACACCCUGCUGCUGCUGCCGAGCUGCCAUCCACAGUACUAUCACGGGUGGAUCAAUGAGAUCCAGGAACUCAUGCUCCAGCACAAAUGUCUCCGAUCGUCCGUGCUGGCGUGCGCGGCCUCUCAUUUACAUUUUGUGGACGCGUCGCCGCAGAUGCAGGAACUCUCGCUCACGUACUAUUCCGAGGCGAUCAGAGGACUUUCAGAGGUGCUUGCCAGGGCAUCGCGGCUGGAGAACCACAACGGGCUGUUAAUGUCGAUCAUGCUGCUCUAUCUGCACGGGUGCAUGGGGCGAGGCACGUACAACGACAUACCGCGCCAUGUCAACGCCGCGAUCCGCAUAUUGAAGCUCCGACUCAUGGAGCGGCCUCUGAGCAUCUCGCGGCCUUUUGACCGUCUCGCGGUGGAAAGCGUGUUAUAUCAGAUCUUCCUAGUCACGAUGGGGUCCUGGGCCGACUCCCCGAGGCGCGGAUACCAGUUCGACGCGGGCUUCUGGCUGCGGGCCGAGAACUUGCUCGUCCAGUCGAUGUUGUUCCCCAGCACCUCGAUCUCGACCAACAGUCCCGUGCUGGGCGUGCCGAUGGAUCUGUUCAAGCUCGUCCUCUCGAUCAAGCGGCUGUGGGAGAGUCCGUUUCGGCAUGACGCGGAGACGCUGGACGAGCUGAGGACCGAGCUGGAGGAGUGGGAGAGAACCAUCAUCGUGGGUCCAAAAUCUCCUCCACACGACCAGGGCGACAGUAACUACGAGAUCUACAGGGAUGCCACAGCUCUGUAUGUCCUCGUUUCGUCGUUGCUGGUGCAGCAGUUGUGUGAAGACCCCGGACGCGAGGGGAUCGGUCCUCCAGAGGCAGUCCCUCCGGAUUGUUGGCAGAUCGAAAAGGCGACGGAAAUUCUGCGCAGCCACGAGCACAAUCUCAACUGGGCGAGGUGCUACAUCGGCAACUGGCCCGUCUAUACGCUCGGUUUCUUCAUGAGGAGGCCCGACGAUAUCCAGCUUGUCCGCGACGACAUGCUCCGGAGGUGGCAUCUGAUGAGGUUUUCUCAGCUUGAACGGUUUCGAAAUGAUCUAGAAGCGACCUGGAUUCAGCGGGAGGUUUUGUCCUGCGAAGCGUCGCAAGUGUAG